AUUAAACUUUAGGGUUAGUUAAGUCCGACUGUCAGUGUGAGAAUGGCCAAAGUCAUUAUAAUUUUAAGGUUUCCAUCAGGUUUUUCGCACGUCGUUGUCGCCUAACCGUUUCUUUUUUCUGGAUAAUUUUGGAAAAUGAGCGAAAAUUCUUGUUGUAAGUUGAACAACAAGAGCAUCUACGGACAGUUUUGUGGCGAGUGUCCUGAUUGUAGGACGGUCGUAAAGGAGAAGGCGUUGGUGGAGAAGGAUGGGGAGAAAGUUGCCAAGAAGAAAGUGAGGAUAUUGAGUACUCUGGACGUCUUGAUUUCGGUUUUUGUUGUGACGCCGCUUGUUGUUGCUUGCUGGAGAGGUACAUGGCAACUUAUGGAUGUUUACGCUUCGUAUUUUCCUCCUUGGGAAAGUUUUAUUAUUGGAACCUUAAUACAUAUUGUGGUCGGAAUAUCUCAAGAAAGUUUCGAUGGUCUGGUGAACAAAAAACACAAAAGUCGACUAUGCAACGCCUGCGCCUUUAUGUUCAUGAAAUUGUACACGAUUGUACUUAAUGGAGUCACAAAUAUGCACUGGAGAGGUGGUUGGUGUAUUGUGGAUGAAUAUUUCGGCACCAGGAUGGAAAAUGGAAGAACCAUAUUGGAGGAUCCAAGGGGAAGCUUUUGCUUUUUUACCAUUUGCUUUUUGAUAUUGUUUGCCAUGAGGUGCCUGAGAAAUCUGAAUUCACCACCCUUUGAAAUAUGUCUGGACUAUGGGGAUCAUAUGUUUUUGUUUCCUAAUAUGUUUAAAGUAAAAGCAUCUGAAACGAUAUCACUUUACGUCCUCGAUGUUAUUUUUUCCAUUUCGAUUGUCAGCAACUUGGGAAUGUUCGUGUGGAGGGGUAUAUGGUUAUUAUUUGAUGUCUUUUACUUCCCACAGGACGAGGUUAGGUCUGCUUGGGGCAGCUUGAUAUUGGGGUAUAUAAUCAUAGCAAUCGUCUUUCUGUUGCAACCAUUUAUGAAAAAACUAUGCGAUAACCUAAAUGGAAUUCCAAAGCUCCUGGUAGCAGAUGCUUACAUGAUGGCUUCGGUUAUUGCUGUUAUUGUUACUUGGAGGGCCAUUUGGAUGCUUUUAAACAUUUAUUUCUUACCAGAAAAUGAGGAACUCAGCUGCUGGAUCACCAUGUGUGUCCCAAUGCUCAUCCUGAUGAUAAUGGGCUGCUCCAAUUCAGUUCUUGUACGUGGGGUAUGCCUGGACGCCGAAGAACCCGACGGAUCCUGCGUCAUUUUCCCUUGUAACUACCUUAAAGUGAUAUUCGACCAAGAAAAAUACGAUACGUGGUUCAAUAUUUGGACGGGCAAGGGCAAAAAAACUGACCUUAAUAAUAUGCUAAACGGAAUUUUGGCAAACCAGAGUCACACGAUUAACGUUAUAAAUUACCACCUUAUCAACAUCAAUGACGACGAGAAAAACGAAAAGAAUAAUAAUGUUAACAAAAACGGGGUCUCUUGACCUUUGCAAAACAUUUACAAGGUUUUACAAUUUAUUUGUUCCUUAUAAUGAUAUUUUCAGUGAAUAUAAACUAUUAUGAAAUAAGUUGCAAGUAUUAAAUGCAUCAAGUAUUAUAUUGUGAUGUUAGGAAGCUCAGUAGUGCUAGAAAUAGAUUGUCUUAUAUUGCUAUGCUCUCUAUACUUGUUUCGUCAAGUGUAUGCUUGAAUAGCUAUAGAAAGAAAGAAAUUUGUCUUUGGUAAUAACUUACAAUAAUAUGAUUAAGUUUUAUAAAGUUUAUUAUAAAUAUAAACGUAUUUAUUUUAAUAGUGAA